GUUAUCUUCCGGGACAGACCUUGUUCAUCCAGGCGAAGCAGGACAAGGGACAAAUGUUCCUGGUCCGCGGUGGUGCUCUUUUUGUGGAAAAAGAUGGUCGUCGCAUGCAUGAAACAAAUACCUGCAUUGGUGAUUUGGUGAUUCUCGGUGCGGAACAUCAGCGGCCCUGCACUGUGAGAGCUCAGACCUUUGUCUUCACCCUGGAGAUCCCCAAGGCGGUCUUCGUUCAGGCCAUCGACAAGCACCCGGAUUCAAGGCGCGCACUGGAAAACUACGCCCUGCAGACCAUCACUGGGAGGAACAACGACCAGGGCGGCGGUGUGCAGUGGCCGAUGCAGCAAGCAGCACCACAACGUCUCAGCUAUCUGUUGAACCUCUAUGCUGGGGUGAAAUUGUAUGAUCCAGCAGAAUCAGACUGGAAGAGGUUAGCCGUUGAGUCUGCGGUCUUGGUGGUACAAGGCACCGCCCACGUGGUCAACGAUGAAGGAGAAGUGGUGGAGGUGCUUGGCAUUGGAGACACCUUCAACGAACAGAUCCUGCUUGGAAUCCCCGGUGGACACGUCGUCUCGGGUCUUAGGUUCCACAUGCGCGAAGGGCCCUGCGAGUUGCAAUUCGUCUCCUUGAGCGUGUGGGAGAAGGUGGUCUCCGAUUUCCCCCAAGAGCAAGACAUGAUCUUCCGCAGCAUUCGCCACACGUUGGCCAAUAAGGCAGCGAUAAAGAACCAUGGCACUGCAAUGUCUUCCGCAGAAAUGGUUCGCAUGUCGCCCUUGUUGCACUACUUAUCCCAGGAGACCAUUCAGGACGGAUAUGUUUGA